CUGUACCAUAUUACCAUUUUAGCAUGAGACAUGUGAACCCACAGAGGAAUCCCAGGCGAUCCUGUCUGUGAAGCAGCAGCAUAAGACAAACCAAUGGAUAAGGGGUGGUGGAAUGGAACCCCACCACCGCUUUACACCAUUUUUCUCCCAUUUUGCCAAACAUAAAAGCAUUCCUUUUCUCACUUUUGUUUUCUCAACCAAUCAAGAAUCAUAGCCCCAAACGAAUACGGGAAUACCCCAAAAUCUCCUAACCAAAGCCACCUUUGCUGUUCCUAUGAACACUUUUUCCUUUCCAUUACUUGCACCUGGAGUUUCCUUUUUUCUGUUCUUUAAUACUGUUUUUGACCCUGUGUUUUGCCAUUGUCUAUUGUCCAAGAUUGCCUCCACAGUUUAACAAUAUAAUAGAGAAAUCAACCCAUCAAGAUCUUGAAUUAAUUCUUCAUGGUUUCUUCAAAAGGUAUAUAGUAUAUUUUGGCUGUUCUGAUGUUAUCGUGGGCUGCAUUUUACAUGGAACUUGUUCUCUGCAAAUGGGUAUUUGCAUUUGUUCUUAGUUGUUGGCUCAUUUUCUCUGUUGCAUGCUCAGUGGAGGGAGUACAUGGAGAUUCAAAAGUAAGAGGAGUGAACUUGGGUGGAUGGUUGGUUGUGGAAGGAUGGAUUAAGCCUUCUCUUUUUGAUGGUAUUCCCAAUGGAGACAUGCUUGAUGGAACAGAGGUCCAACUCAAAUCAGUGACGUUGCAGAAGUAUGUGAGUGCAGAGAACGGGGGCGGGAUGAAUGUUGCAGUUGACAGAGACAUUCCUUCUUCAUGGGAAACCUUUAGGUUGUGGAGAGUAUCUGAGACAGAAUUUCAGUUUCGCACCUCUCAAGGCCAAUUCCUGACUUGUGAUGGCAAUGGGGGCUCCGUCUCUGCUACAGCAGAAUCACCAUCAAGAACAGAAACGUUUUAUGUCGAACAAAAUAACAAGGGUAGAAUUCACCUUAAACUUAUGAGUGGGAUCUAUCUUCAGGCUACUUCAAUAGCAAACCAACUCACAGCAGACUAUCCAGGGACACCGGGAUGGGAUGAUAAUGCAGCCACUUUUGAUAUGACGAUUGUAGCAAAUAACUUGCAUGGAGAUUACCAGUUUGCCAAUGGUUAUGGUCAUGAUAAGGCAAAAGAAGUGCUAAAGAAGCACCGAAACAGCUUUAUCACUGUGGAAGACUUCAAUUUUCUGAAUCGGCACGGAAUAAAUACUGUGAGGAUUCCCGUUGGCUGGUGGAUAGCUUUCGAUCAUAAUCCACCGGCUCCUUUUAUUAGCGGUAGUUUGGAAGCUCUCGAUAGUGCGUUCUCAUGGGCACAAUCUUAUAACAUAAAGUGUAUAAUUGACCUUCAUGCGGCUCCGGGCUCUCAAAAUGGGAAUGAACAUAGUGCAAGUAGAGAUGGUUCAACUGGGUGGUCUACAUCUCCAGAUAGCAUCUCACAAACAUUGGACGUUAUAGAAUUUCUAGCUUCCAGGUAUGCCAAACAUCCUGCCUUGCUGGGAAUUGAACUACUAAACGAACCAUCGGCAGCCAAUGUUCAGCUGGAUAUCCUAAUUUCAUAUUACAAACAAGGGUAUCAAAUUGUUCGGAAAUACUCAUCAACUGCUUAUGUGAUUGUUUGCCAAAGAAUCGGGAAUGCAGAUCCGCUCGAACUUUAUCAGGCUAACAUAGGCUCGUCAAACAUAGUGUUGGAUUUGCAUUACUACAAUCUCUUUGACACUUUCUUCGUCAACAUGAGCUCUAUAGACAAUAUCCAGUUCAUUUAUAAGAGCAGAGAAGCACAAUUACAGGCUCUAAACGGUGCAAAUGGUCCACUUGUUUUUAUCGGGGAGUGGGUGAAUGAAUGGAAUGUGUUAAAUGGAACUCAAAGGGAUUAUCAAGAUUUCGGGCGAGCCCAAUUAGAGGUCUAUAAUGCAGCUUCCUUCGGAUGGGCUUAUUGGACGCUAAAAAAUGACAGAAAGCACUGGGAUUUUGAAUGGAACGUUCAGAACAAUUAUCUUGAACUGGGGCAUUCAUCGGAUGUGAAAACGUCAAAUGUUUUAGCGUUGCUUGGACUGGUGUGCAGCUGCAUCUUUCUGUGUAUAUUGUGAAAGAUUGACGUCGCCUCUCAAUUCAAGAAGAAAAUCUAAAUACAGAUGUUCCUUGGCCUCUGCAACUCGACCAUUGCUCUCUUAUGUUGCGAAAACGUAAUGUUGUAAGAGCAAAGAGAUGCAAUUCACACAAAACCUGAAUGAUGCUAUGAAAGCAUUGGGGCUACAAUUUCUUGCACUCUCAAAUAAUACAAGGAGGAAAUUUUGUAUGUGGUUUCUCCAAUGUGAAUUUGAUCUU